AUGUCUCUCGCCACUCUUGACACUGCCCAGCAUCCUAACCUCCCGUCCGCGUCGGAGACCCUCUUCAAGGCCAAAGCCGCCAAGAAGCUGAGCUUCGAGCAGAUUGCCCAACACAUUGGCCGCAAUGAAGUCGCUACCGCUGCUAUCUUCUAUGGCCAGGCCAAGGCUUCCCCGGAAGACAUCGAGAAACUCGCAUCGCUCCUCACCAUCCCUUACGAUGCUCUGGAGGAAAGGCUUAGUGGUUUCCCCGACCGUGGUCGCACCGUGGAGAUGCCUCCCAAGGAGCCCUUGAUUUACCGGUUGUAUGAGAUUGUGCAGAACUACGGGUACGCAUACAAGGCGGUGCUGAAUGAGAAGUUCGGUGAUGGUAUCAUGAGCGCUAUCUCUUUCUCGACUAAGGUGGAGAAGGAGACGGAUGCGGAUGGAAAUAACUGGGCGGUGAUUACUCUGCGUGGAAAGUGGCUGCCCUUCUCACGGUUUUAA